UUCGUAGAUUCGUCAAUAUCUACGUCAGACGACCCCGUUGACUGAGGAGAUCCGGUUGUAGUGAAAGAGGAAUAGCUUUAAUAGGUUAAGUUUCCUGUGAUCCCUCUUGGUCGGCAUGGCUGAAGCCCACUCUGCCGUGGCCUUCUCCUUCUCGGUCACUCAUGAAGGGGUCAAUCUGGAUGUCAACCAUGAAGCACUGAAGGCUGUAUUCAAAAGUGGUUGGAGAUCUAUAAAGAAGUCUCUUGGUAGAAUCAAGAACCAGAUGAAGAAUGGAGUAUACCCUGCCACACCCAUGAGCUGGUUGUUUGUGCUGACCUUUGUGUUAGCUUUCAUAUUAGCAGGAGUGGAUCCAUCCUUUGGACUGAUUGCUUGGUUAAAAACUCAUCUGCCAUGGUUGAGUACUUCGCCCCCGCUAGUUGCCUACUAUGGGAGCUGUCUUGUGUUUGCUACUCUCGUUUGGCUGGCCAAAGCAUUUAUCUGGAAAUACACUCUCCGUCUCCUUCUGAACUACCAUGCUUGGAUGUACGAAAGUCGUGGACCAUUGUCACUGAAGACCAAACUCUGGCUGGGAACAGUGAAGCUGAUGGGUGGAAGGAAACCCCUAUUGAUGAGCUACCAAGCCUCUUUGCCAAAAUUAUCUGUGCCAAGCAUCCAGGACACAAUGAAUAGGUACUUGAGGUCUGUCAAACCAUUAUUAGAUGAAGAAAAGUUUGCCAGAAUGGAGAAACUGGCGAGUGAGUUCCAGAACGGAAUAGGGAACAAACUGCAGCGCUUCCUGAAGCUGAAGUCGUGGUGGGCUACGAACUACGUGUCGGAUUGGUGGGAGGACUACGUGUACCUCAGUGGACGGACACCACUGAUGAUCAACAGUAACUUCUAUGGAGUGGAUGCUGUGUUUAUCAAUCCCACUAGCAGUCAGGCCUCCAGGGCUGCCAAUAUCAUUUAUGCCAUGUUACAGUAUAGGAGAGAGUCUGAACGCGAAGAUCUUAACCCUAUCUUACUAAACAAGACAGUUCCAUUGUGUUCAGCUCAGUAUGAACGCCAGUUCCAAACAACUCGUAUUCCAGGACUGGAGAAAGAUAAACUGAUACAUUACAAAGACAGUAACCAUAUAGCUGUAUAUCACAAAGGCAAAUACUUCAAAGUCUACAUCUACUACAGAGGGCGACUGUUGAAACCUGUAGAAAUUGAAAAAAUGAUCCAACAGAUCUUGGAUGAUGACUCAACACCCGCCCCUGGAGAGGAACAUUUGGCCGCCCUGACCGCUGGGGACAGAGUCCCAUGGUACCAGGCUAGAGAGGAGUUUUUUCGAAAGGGAAAGAACAGGGCCUCUCUAGACGCAGUGGAAAAGGCAGCAUUCUUUGUCUCCCUUGAUGAUGAACCACAGAGCUACGAUUUAAGAGAUACUGCUGAAUACGAUUUGAUUCCUGGACAACAGCAGAGUUCAGUACACACCGGGACCCUCCUUGUUUGGAGUGAGUCUGGGCAAAGUCUCUUUUACAAUAAUGACCCGUCCAGAUUGAGUGAGUUCGGACACUCUAUGCUUCAUGGGAAGGGUUACGACAGGUGGUUUGACAAAUCCUUCACUCUGGUGGUCACAUCUAAUGGCAGGGUUGGAUUCAAUGCUGAACAUUCUUGGGCCGAUGCCCCAAUCAUGGCCCAUCUUUGGGAGUUCAGCAUGUUUGAGGACUAUUUCGUUCAAGGAUACACAGAAGAGGGUAACUGUAAAGGGGAGAUAACCACUCCACCUCCUAACCCCAUCAGGUUGGAAUGGGACCUACCAAAACCAUGCUUACGAGUGAUUGAGAACAGCUUAGAGGCAGCAAAACAGUUGAUAGCUGAUGUAGAUCUGGAACUCUUGGUCCAUAACCAGUAUGGCAAAGGAUUCAUGAAAGUGUGUCGGGUCAGCCCAGACGCCUACAUACAGCUGGGCUUACAGCUGGCGUACUACAGGCUGAACAAGAAGUUCUGCUUGACGUAUGAAUCCUCUAUGACACGACUGUUCAGGGAGGGAAGAACUGAGACCGUCCGCUCCUGUACAGUAGAAUCAUGUCAGUUUGUGAAGGCCAUGGAUGAUCGUGAUAAAACUAAAGAAGAACGCAUUGCUUUAAUGAAGAAAGCUGCAGACGUCCAUCAAAUAAACUGUCGUAAUGCCAUGACAGGCAAAGGCAUCGAUCGUCAUCUCUUCUGUCUGUACGUGGUGUCCAAAUACCUGGAAGUCGACUCGCCUUUCUUAUCCGAAGUACUCAGCGAACCGUGGAGAUUAUCCACCAGUCAGACUCCUCAUCAGCAGACGAACAAGUUGGAUCUGGUGAGGCACCCAGAGCACAUAUCAGCAGGCGGGGGGUUUGGGCCGGUAGCCGAUGAUGGAUAUGGUGUCUCAUACAUCAUUGCAGGCGAGGACUGUGUCUUCUUCCAUAUCUCAUGCAAAAACUCCUGUCCAACCACUAGUUCGAAGAAGAUGGUGAAUGCUACUGUACAAGCCUUGGCAGACAUUAAGACGCUAUUUGAACAUUAACGUAACUAAUUACUAGUAGUAGAUCAAGGAGUGUGCCGUUUUAUUUAUUGUGAAUCGUGUAGCCUUUUCUAGACUGUGUUCAGUUGACUAUAUCCAUGAUUUUCACUGUGUAUUAAUAAGGUCCACAUAACAGAGAGAUUUAUACUCAGGAAUAAAUUUAAAGUUACAGGGAUUAUAUAUCUCGAUAUUGGCUUAGGCAUUUCUCUCUCUCUCAGAAUUCAAAGGCUUAAAGGAAAUGUAGAUAAUCUCUGGUUUUAUGAUCCAGAAAAAACUUAUUUGCUUGCAGAGUGGUGAAUUUUGUUCUUGAAUAUAUGCUCUCGGUUGUAAAUGUUUGUAUUAUGUUAUACAGAGAAACUGGUGUGCUAUAUGCACAGGACCCUGCAUUGCACAGAGUAAACAAUAUUUGCACAUGGAAUUUACUUAUGGGCAUGAACUGUCCGUCCCCCCCCCCCCCCCCCCCCCCCUUUUACAUCUGAUCACUUGUGUUACCUUGCUAGUUUGAUUGGGACUUUUGGUAUUUAGAGAAACUGAAAUUGAAAGAAAGCAGAAAUAUCUGUUAUCAGUCAUUGUACUGUAUGUCAAAGUAUGUGUACUUAGAUAUCUAAACUGUAGCCCAGUCACAGCUAAUGCACUAAUUGGUUUAAUUAGUUAAUUAGUGUCACUGGGCAGUAGUGUAACUGUAGUCUCCGAUAAUUCAUUAAUUCAGCGUCCUCCGUACAAAUCUCGAAGUUUUGUUGCCUCCGCACUAAAGGUGCUGAAAUGAAAACAUGUUUAAACAAGUACACAUGCAGUUAUUUGAGAUUGGACAUCAGGGGCAGCUUUUGUCUGCCUGCUUCAGUACGAUGUACAUUCUCAGAGCAUUUUUCUUUGUGUUUUUUUCCAAAGUAAAUAUUUUUGUAUACCAUUGUGAUUUCAGUCAGCACAAUCAAUGCAAUUAUAACAGUUUAACAAAUUAACAAAUAAAUUAUUUUUUACAAGCAAAGGGAACAAUAUCUGAAUUUCAAAUUUUCAUCUUAUUGUCAUCAUACAAUGUAGAUAAACUGUACAAAAUUUGCUAACUACGCUGUAUUUAAACAUACAGGGUUAACAAAUGUAUCGUCCAAUUGUAGAGUUAUUUCAUUAUUUUCUAACGUUUUUAAUGCCUGAUUUAAAUUUUUAUUGUUUUUACCAAUUAUUUGUAUGUAUUUUUUCUGUUAUUUUUUGUUAAUCACUAGUUGGUGUGGUGUAAACUUUUGAAUGUUAUGAUGUUUUUUUGCGGGAUUAGUUCUGUAUAUAGUAUUUCCCCUAACACUUUCUCCAGACAUGGAAAUGUGAUAUGCUAACUGGUGUAGAUUUUACUCCAAGAAACUUUCCAAAGCGUAUUUCAUGUCAUUUGUUUUUUUAUCGUGUUGGUUGAAGUGCAAUGUCGGAGAAGAGAAUACACAGCAGAGGAAUUAUGAGUGUAAACAUUGUCUUCUGAAAGAUAUUAAAAGACUAAAACUUAGUAUUUAUCAUGAAUUGAUUUUUAUGUUACUUUGAGUGUGAUUUUCUGUAUAUACACUGUCUGUGGUAGUGUUAGUAUCCAUGUUUUGAAUUCUCCACAAAGUACUUGGCUUGGUAUAGAGCCCAAUUACUAACAUUCACGACCAAGCAACAUUCACAACUAUGCAUCUAGAUGUACAGUAUUGCAGUAUCAAAUCUACAAGAAUGCUUUGUAAGUGAGACAUGUAUUCUGUUUAUUUCAUCCUAUUUGGUGACUUCAGUCGCUUUUUUUUAUAUCCCCCCCCCUUUUUUUUUUAUUAAUGACAAUUUUUAGAUAAUUUCUUGAACUAAGUAGGAUGUGUGAUAUUGUUACACUGUGUCCAUGGUUACCAGAAAGAUUUGUGUUGUUACAUGUACCUGUGUCUGAAUCAGAAGAAACCAAAAAAAUGUAGAAAUAUUUGUACUGACAGGUGUAUGUUUGUAUUGUACUAACUAAUGAUAGUAAAGUUGAAGUGUAGGGCAGAAUUUAGGAAAGUAGUCAUCAUUUGUUCUUUGUAAGUAGGAAAAUAUGUGAAAUGAUGUCAAAAGUAAUGUUAACUGUAUGAUUUACAUGUUCUUGUGCGAGUUAACUGUGUUUUAUGUAGAACAGUUGGACCUAUGGUGUUAAAGACUCAUUGAACGACAGCCAUCCGGUGUAUUUUACUUUCUGCAGAUUACUGCACGCGAUUUAUAUUUCUUGAGCAAUUCUUAACAAAAUUAUGAAUGUAAAUAAACUCUUUUUAUUAGACUUGAUAUUGAAUUUCUCUAACUAUGUAGUAAAUGAACCUCAUGAAAGUGUAUACAACUAAAUAGUUUUAAUUGUGCUGUAUUAUAUGUUGAAACUGCUUUAUGUAUUUUAUGUUCUUAUUUGAAUACAAUAGACAAAUUCACUUGAAGAAU